AUGGACACCGCGGCCGCCCCGGACUCGCCGUCCGGCAGCUCCAGCUGGUCGGAGAGGUUGGCGGCGACCAUUGUGGAGGAGGAGGCGGCGGAAACCCUAUCCCGCCUUUCGACGACCCUGCUGACCUGCUCUAGCUUUCGACUCGAUGCUUUUGAUCGAUUGAUCAAUCUAUCUAUCGCUGUUGGGUUGGGACGGUUUGUUUUGUUCCCGGUGGUGGAGGACCGGAGGAGAGGCGGUUACGAGCGUGCUUUCCACGCGGACGCCGGAUCCGCCGUUGAUUCCAUUGAUCGGUUCCCUUUGAUCGAUCGUCAGAUUGACACGCUCGAGAUCGUACGCAGUUGUUGCUGCGAGCUCUCGUACGUGAAACGUGAUCCAAUCGACGACAGGCGAGAUGCCGGGAGGCGGCGGCAUCAAAAGGGCCACGGCAACGCGCGGGGUCGUCUCCUCGCCAACGAUGCGCCCAGGGCGGUGGAUCAUGAUGCUCCGGUACAAACGUGCCAUCCCAAACCGGCGUCGUCUCCUCCAUGUCUCGCCGGCCAGUGCAUCCAGGUGGGCGUUUCGGUCUUCCGGAGCUCCUCGACCACCACCGAGGGCCUCCUCGUCGUGCUCGGCGAGACUGCCAACGUCGUCCAAGGGCGGCAACUUCGAGCUCGGUCUCUUCUCCCCGGGCAACUCCAAGAGGCACUACAUAGCAUAGGCAUCUGGUUCAAGAAAACCUCCAAGCAAACGGUCGUUUGGGUGGCGAACCGGGAGCGCCCGGUCCUUGAGCCGUCGGCCUCUCGCUUCGCGCUGAGCGACCGCGGCGAGCUCGUGCUCCUGGCCACGCCGUCCAACACGCUGCUGUGGUCGUCGAACGCGACCUCCCCGUCGCCGCGCACCACCGCCGCGCCACGCUCCAGGACGACGGCAACCUCGUGGGCCCGCGGCGUCCACAGCUUCCUCACAUCGUGGACGGACGCCGAGAACCCGGCACCCGGCGCGUUCUCCAUGGUGAUCGAUCCGCACGGGCAGACCAAGCUGGACCUGCUUGCCGGCGGCGAGCGCCGGUACUGGACGACCGGCCUCUGGGACGGCGAGAUCUUCACCAUCCUGCCGGAGAUGCGGUCGGGCUCCUUCGUCGGCGUCCCCUACGCGCCGAACGCCAGCGUCAACUUCUUCAGCUACCACGACCGGGUGCCGCUGGGCAUCCGCAACUUCGUGCUGAACGUGAGCGGGCAGAUGCAUCGGCGGCAAUGGAGCGGCACGGCGGGGGACUGGAACCUCUUCUGCUCCGAGCCCCACGACCCCGCGUACAUUUACGAUGGAGAAAAGUGUUCCAUGUGGAAGGGCGAGGUCGCCAACAUAAGGAGAGUCUCAAACGAUCAAGGCGAUCAUGGAGUCGCAAGCGUCGUACUUCACCUCCGCGUCGCGGCAUCGGGGGUGCCGUCGGCGCGUUCGUCGAAGAAAUCAGAGCCCGGCUCGCUUCUGGUGUUUUACUACCGCGCCGUGAAGGAGGCGACGCGGGAUUUCUCUGAGAAGCUCGGGAGCGGGGGCUUCGGCUCCGUCUUCAGGGGCGCGCUCCCGGACGCGACGCCCGUGGCCGUCAAGAAGCUCGACGGCUGGCAUCAGGGCCAGUGCGGGAAGCAGUUUCCGCGCCGAGGUGCUCACCCUCGGCAUGAUCGACCACGUCAACCUCGUCCGCCUCCGCGCUCCGCGGCUUCUGCUCCGAGGGGAAUCGAAAUCGCUCGUGGGCACAGGGGGAGAAACCAGGCAGAGGAAGGAAGGAAGAACGGGCAGACCGAGAUGUCGAAGCGGCCGCGCAAAGAGUCGCACGAAGACGACGCAGAGAUGAGGAGAGGCUGCAGCCCGAGGACGCCAAAGCCCCUGGUGAGGGGUCUGGUACCCUGGUCUCACUCGGCCAAUUCGCCGGCGCGGCAGCGAUACCUGUACCUGGUGCUGGACGACUGGCAGAGGGGGUACAGCAUUCACAGGUUGGGCGAGGAUGACUUCAAGUCCGACGCCGGCCUGGACGCCCGCGCCGCUGAGUGCCCUCUUGUCCGCGUUCAGGCGCAGCACGCCUACACGUGCUCCUUCGCGGACCACGGCUCCAAGAUCUUGGCGAUGCAACCUGCGGGGUUCAGCCCCGGCAUCCCCGUGUUCGACACCGAGACGCUGGAGAUGACGGUGUACACGGGGCUGGAAGACAAGCUUGGAACGUAA